UUGUUUCAUCCACAAGUGGUGUGCGUGGAGGCCUCGGCCAUGCUGGAGGUGAGCGGCCAUGUUGGUGGAGAGGUCUCCAUCCCCUGUUUUGGAAACUGGACCGCGGACGGCGGCUCGGGCCCCGGCCGAGCGUGCUUCUGCCGGGGAGUCUGCUCCAGGAAGAGCACCCUCAUUCGAACUGAGAUGAGGGGGCCGGCUGUGACCCGGCGGGGGAGAUACAGCGUGGGGGACGACAGGGGAGACGGGGUAACCGUGACCAUCAGGAGGCUGAGGAUGGCGGACGCCGGGACAUAUUACUGUGAAGUUGACAGAACCUUGAACGCAUCGAACCAGGAGGUCAAUCUCAAAGUCCUGGAUGCUUCCACUGUUUCCCCUGGAUAUCAUCCAUCCAUUAAUAUGACCCUGCAGAGAGAAGAGGCAGCUCCAUCCCAAGGGAGCUUUUCACUCGGUCCUGAACUGUUACCAACGCCGUCCGUUCUGCCCCCUUUUAAGAAGAAUAAAACCCAGAAAAAUGUAACCCGCCUCACAGACACCACAGUGGUCAUUCUUGUCUCAGGAAGCAUGGCCUUUCUGGUUUGUGCCUUCAUCCCUCUAAUAUUCUACAGACACUGGCGAAGUCAUGAAGACCAGAUAAGAAAGAACCACCAAGGUCCACUGGCGAUAACUUCUCAGGCCAAAAAUGAAGACCGUUUCUUUCUUCUGCUGUUUUUUGUACGACUGGCACAUAAUAACAACAAGUACCUCUGCUACGAUCCGUGUACAAGUGAAGAAGACACUCUGCUAACUGUGACAGCCGGUGGGAUGGCAGCGUCAGGAAGGAUUACUCUGGUGGACUCUGGGCACGGAGCUUUCACUGUGAUGUUCAGGGACCUCCAGCUGUCAGACUCCCGGCUAUACAAUUGUGCAGUGCAAAGACUCGGUCUAGACACCUAUACAUCAGUCCUCCUCACUGUACACAAAGAAACAACCUCCAUGCCUGAUGGAGAUGAGGACAUCAGCAUGGGUGAGUCUCUGUUUGGUCUCUUCUUUUACAGCUGCAGUCCGACUACCAUCCAAAAUCCUGCGUGUCUUAUUGCUUACACAGGCAUCAUGUCGUGUGCUACUUUUGGGACCAUUGCCAUCGUCACAAUCUUGAUAACGGCGGUGUGCUUCAGGAAAUGCUGCAGCAGAAACCCGAGCAGUGCGCUUGAGAUGGAGGUCGAACAUCAGUAUGAUGAUAAGAAGGUACGAUGUGUUGCCAAAAUCUCAGUGUGGCUGGAGGAGAACCAAACUAUGGGGACGAGAACCAAAAUUACGGAAACUGGAAAAACCUGGAUCUCAUGGAGCACAUCUCUGACUAUCAUCAUUGCUUUAAUGCAAAUCCAAGCUCUGAACAGCGUCAAAACCCAAGCGCUUUCGGGCCUGGAGGGUCAGACGUUUGACUUCAUAUGCGAAUACCCAAGGGGCCGAGAGAAGAACGCCAAGUACUUCUACCGCGUGGAUGACAACGAGCCCUCCAGCCACCUGAUCCGGACGGAAAAACACGACGAGUGGAAGAACACGGGGCGCUUCUCCAUGUACGACAACACCACGGGGGCCUUCUUCAUCGUCAGGGUGGACAAAGUCAGUUCAGGCGACAGCGGGACGUACUGGUGCGGGGUCGACGUCAGCCUGCUCCCUGAUGUCAUCAGUGAGGUGCAGCUGAAUGUUUCCCCAGGUAAAGCGGGCACGCGCACACCAGGCCACGGGGCUCUGCUGAUUUUACUCAGGCAUAUAAACCCCAGUUUUUUGGUCUCUUCUGCAGCUCUCUCCCAUCAGCUGAUCCUGGCUGCUGCGUCCUGUUUAGCAGCCUUGAUGUUUGUGUGUCUCUUCUCGUGCUGUCUCCUGCUGGCUGUGAAGCGCAAAAGACGACAGAAAACACAGACCGACUUCCGGCCCCCGUUUGAAUCGAAAUAUCGUGAAUCUGCAAUCUCUCUCGGCCUCGGUGACUACGUCGACGUGGAUACAAGAGGGCGAAGGAGCCUGUAUCAACAUUUGGAACUCAGCCAGCUGGAAGAUCACAUCUAUCACGGCCUCUAUGGAAACCUCCGCACUAAAAUCGAACCUGUCACAUGA